ACCUGAAAAGUGAACCAUGAAACUCAGUAAAAAGGACCAAGGAGAAGAUGAAAGUGAUUCAGCGAAAAAGAAAUUGGACUGGUCCUGCUCACUCCUCCUGGCCUCCCUCGCGGGCGCCUUCGGCUCCUCCUUCCUCUACGGCUACAACCUGUGAGUGGUGAACGCCCCCGCCCCGGAAGCACACUUUGCUGGCUAAUAAUGGGUUUGCAAUUUCUGCUGCAUUGCUGAUGGCCUGCUCACUCCAGGCAGGAGCCUUUGAAAUGCUCAUCCUGGGACGCUUCAUCACGGGCAUAGAUGGAGGCUUCCAGACGUUCUCGGGUAAAGCAGAUGUUUCCCGAGAGGUAGAGGAGGUCCUGGCUGAGAGCCGCAUGCAGAGGAACAUCUGUCUGGUGUCUGUGCUGGAGCUGCUGAGAGCUCACUACGUCUGCUGACAGGUGGUCACCAUGAUUGUCACCAUGGCCUGCUACCAGCUCUGUGGCCUCAAUGCGAUUUGGUUCUAUACCAACAGCAUCUUUGGAAAAGCUGGGAUCCCUCCAGCAAAGAUCCCAUAUGUCACCUUGAGUACAGGGGGCAUCGAGACUUUGGCUGCCGUCUUCUCUGGCUUGGUCACUGAGCACCUGGGACGGAGACCCCUCCUCAUUGGUGGCUUUGGGCUAAUGGCCCUCUUCUUUGGGACCCUCACCAUCACGCUGACCCUGCAGGACCAUGGCCCCUGGGUCCCCUACCUGAGUAUCGUGGGCAUUCUGGCCAUCAUCGCCUCUUUCUGCAGUGGGCCAGGUGGCAUCCCAUUCAUCUUGACUGGUGAGUUCUUCCAGCAAUCUCAGCGGCCAGCUGCCUCCAUCAUCUCAGGCACCGUCAACUGGCUCUCCAACUUUGCUGUUGGGCUCCUCUUCCCAUUCAUUCAGAAAAGUCUGAACACCUACUGUUUCCUAGUCUUUGCUACAGUUUGUAUCACAGGUGCUAUCUACCUAUAUUUUGUGCUGCCUGAGACCAAAAACAGAACCCAGGCAGAAAUUAGUCAGGCAUUUUCCAAAAGGAACAAAGCAUACCCACCAGAAGAGAAAAUCGACUCAGCUGUCACUGAUGAUAAGACAAACGGAAGGCCUGAACAAGUUUCCUCUUCCACGUUGGACAAUUAUGUCAAAAACAGGAUUGUCUACAUGGAUAAUCUCACUUUUCAGGAAACUUAAAAUUUACCCAUUAUUGGGAGGCUUAAAUGAAUUGAAGCUGUGCAAGUCUUUUGUAUUAUUAAGUAUUUAAAAGUAAACCUGUACUAAUCUAACAUUGCAACUAUGUUAGCAUUAUUCACAACUGAAUCUCCCAAACUCUUCUGGAAGUUGCAAGGAAUCACUCUAUGUUUCACUGGACCCAACGUUCUUCUAUACAGGUUGAUGACCUGCCUUCUUCAUGACUCAACCCACGAUUUCAAAAUGAAAUUGGGGAAAUAGUAUGUUAAUGCUUUAUCAAAGAAAGGCAAUUUGGUCUGAUAGGGGACUCAACACAUUAGAAAUCACAGACUGAGGUUCUAGUCCCAGCUUUACCACAAGCAGCCUUCAUCUGCCCUCAACCUGGGUCCCAGUGCGUCAAUGACCCUAGGCUUCCAUCCCAGUAUAGGCUUUCAGAAGUCAGUGGAAAGAUUAUUCAUAGUGCCUAAGAAAUGCCUGUUUCCAAUAUUUGACCUUGUGGAUCUCAGGCUUUGGAGAGCCUAAUACCAACCCACCAGCCUGCAGAUUUUGUCUUUCCCAAACUGUGUUCCAGGAAUGCGCCCAAGACUUCAGGGCUGACGCUGUCCUUGCCCCAGACUAUUAGAGUCCUGUGUGCUCACAGAGAGCAUGAAGAAAAGCUAUGUGCAGAAGACUUAACUUUCUAGUAACUGCAACAGGGACUGCAAAUUGACCUCUAUCCAAAUGAAAAACAAUGUUGAGGAUGAUUGUAAAGCUAAACCUAGGCUUGGUGGGAAUAAAAACCCAAAAAACAUUGUGAUGAAUUGGUGAUCUCUGCCACAAGUGUGGGGCUCAGAGUGUCAGCACAUGUACUUCAUGUUUACCAAGUCUAGAAGAGAUUUCUCUGAAAAGGAAAUGAACUGUCUUGAAAGAUGGGGAGUUCACUAUCACUCAGAGUGCUCAAGGGAAGACUGGGUGAUUACUCAUCUUGAAUGUUGCUAAGAAAAUCUGUGUCAACUUUGGAGGAAGGUGUUUGGAAUAGAUAUGUUGAAGGGCUCUUCUAACUCUUACAUGCUAGGAUUGUUUGGGUAAGAGCCACUUGCAGCCUGCCAUUGUAAUGUGUGGCUUGUGUUUUGAGUGAUGUCCUAUACUUGCUUCUAAAAUGAAACAAAGUGUCCUAAAGUAAAGUGCACUUGUAUUAGCACCA